AUGAAAUCUGUCUACUUUUUCUUCAUCCAGAUUUUUAUUCCAGUCUUCAUCGUCAUCGUUGAUGCGAUCCUGAGUGCUGCUGGUGCUGGUUCUAGUGAUGGCGCCACUGUCUCGGCUACCUUUUCCCCCUUUGUCUUGAGGCGAGACGUUGAAGUCGACUUGAGCACCUAUCACAUUACUUCUAGCGGUCCCGUUGGGCUGAACGAUUCAGCAUGCCUCCAAAUCAUCUUUACGGCUUCAACCAUUCUGGCACUGCAACCAUACCAAGCGGUGGUUGCCUGUCCUCCUCUGUCC